GCGCUCUCGGCUUUCCCUAUCCCUCCCCCAUAGGCAGAAUAGGGGGAACUUUAGUUCUGGUGAAGCGAAUACACGUCACCACCGGAAGUAGUGUCAGAGGGGAAGAGGAGGGGGGAACAGAUGAGGGAGCCCUCUGGGCAGUAAAAUGGCGCCUGUCAGAGUGGGAAACUCAGCUGCAGAGGCUGCAGUCCCGCUCUCCAGCAGCUAAAGGACCCCCGAGCUCGGGGAGGGGGAGGCCGCUCCAGCCCAGCACUCCGCCCCCUUCGGCUCCCCCUCCCCCUCCUUCUCCGCUCCUUCGCUUAGCAGGCCCGUUCUCCGCGGCUGCGGCCCUUCGCGCGCCGCUGCCCCCGCCCGCCCCUUUCUCGCGGGCAGCCCCCUAGCGCGCCUGCGCAGCGAGCCACUCUCCGCUUUUCCUCUUCCCCUCCCCCCUCCCUUCUCCCUUCCUCCCUCCCUUCCUUCUCCCUAGCCCCCUCCCCUAUAGCCCCCUCCCCCAAUUAUCCUUCCCCUUCCCUCCCGGUCUUGGACGACCCCUUGCUAGCCCGACGUAUCUCAGUCGGCAACCUUCGCGGAACCGUCGGUGCCACUCCCUGCCCAUGUGGGCCCCCGCGGGCUGCCCACGCCUGUCCCCCAGCUCCCCGUUCCGCUGGGCUUUUCCCUCGCCAGGGGUGGCUUUCUGAGCCGCUCGCUGCUUGCCCCUUUCUGCAGCCUCUCCUGCCACUCGGGGCACACAUUCUCCCUCCCGGUGGCGGGGGGCUGCCCCCGGGGGGCUGGCGGAGCUGGGCCGCGGGGGCCCCGGGGCCGGCGGUGCCGGGGUCAUCGGGAUGAUGCGGACGCAGUGUCUGCUGGGGCUGCGCACGUUCGUGGCCUUCGCCGCCAAGCUCUGGAGUUUCUUCAUUUACCUUUUGCGGAGGCAGAUCCGCACGGUAAUUCAGUACCAAACUGUUCGAUAUGAUAUCCUCCCCUUGUCUCCUGUGUCCCGGAAUCGGUUAGCUCAGGUAAAGAGGAAAAUCCUGGUGCUGGAUCUGGAUGAGACACUUAUUCACUCUCACCAUGAUGGGGUCCUGAGGCCAACAGUCCGGCCUGGAACGCCUCCUGACUUCAUCCUCAAGGUGGUAAUAGACAAACAUCCUGUCCGGUUUUUUGUACAUAAGAGGCCCCAUGUGGAUUUCUUCUUAGAAGUGGUGAGCCAGUGGUAUGAACUGGUGGUAUUUACAGCAAGCAUGGAAAUCUAUGGCUCUGCUGUGGCAGAUAAACUGGACAAUAGCAGAAGCAUUCUCAAGAGGAGAUACUACAGACAGCACUGCACUUUGGAGUUGGGCAGCUACAUCAAGGACCUCUCUGUGGUCCACAGUGAUCUCUCCAGCAUUGUGAUCCUGGAUAACUCUCCCGGGGCUUACAGGAGCCAUCCAGACAAUGCCAUCCCCAUCAAAUCCUGGUUCAGUGAUCCCAGUGACACAGCCCUUCUCAACCUGCUCCCAAUGUUGGAUGCCCUCAGGUUCACCGCUGAUGUCCGUUCUGUGCUGAGCCGAAACCUCCACCAACAUAGGCUCUGGUGACAGCUGCUCCCCCUCCACCUGAGUUGGGGUGGGGGGGAAAGGGAGGGCAAGCCCUUGGGAUGCUGUCUGAUGCCCUGUCCAAUAUAAGGACUGCUUGGGCAGGGUCUGCCCCUCCCACCCUCUCUGCCCUGGGAACCUUGUACUCCACUUGGAGUCUGGAUGGACACGUGGGCUGGACUCUGAAGCAGCCUUACUCUGACUUGGUGUUCACACUCCAUGGAAACCCCAGACUGGGACACAGGUGGAAUCCUAGGAGAGCCAAAACAGUGUGUGGAGAGGCAAGACUGGCCAGAGUGAGAGAUGGACGGUGAACCAGGAGGCCCAAAGAGAAGACAAGUCAGCUUUGUUGUGAUUUGAUUUUUUAAAAACUCUUGUAUAAAACUGAUCUAAUUCUUCACUCCUGCUCCAAGGGCUGGGCUGUGGGUGGGAGACUGGGAUUUUGGGCCACUGGACUUUCUCCAAAUUUGUCUCCCCUUACUCUUUUUUCUCUCCCUAGAUUUUCUCAGACCUGAAACAAACUUUCUCUUUUUUUCCUUUCCUCUCUUUUAAACCAUGCAUUAUAACUUUGAAAC